UGUUCGACCAGAACUACGUUAUGAAGUGGCUUUCAAACUCAAUCCUCCAAAAUUCCCCCCACUACCAAGUGCUGAUUUUGGUGUGGCUCUAAGUCCUCCUUUCCCAGACUGGUUCGUGUGUGGGAAUGCUCUCAAAAUUCUUCAAGAGAGUACCAAAAAACGCGCUGAACGAGUGGUUCCGACUAAGCAUACCUUGGAUACUUUCAAAGGACAUCUUCAUAUAGAUCUUAAACAUGUUCGUGUCCUGACUCCAAUACCUGAAGGUCUGGAUUAAGGCAAUCUUUUCGACUGACUUAUCUUUUCUUUAUUGAUAUACUGAUUUCAGUCUCAACUACAGCUGUUGCACGAAGGAGGAAGAUUAAGGAAGCUUCUGCCCCAAAAGACUCUGGGACAUCUAAAAGCAAUAAACCAAGUGGGAGUGACUCCCUCGUCACUGAUAAGAAGCCCACGGUACAUACUUAUCUCAUACUCUCAAUCUUGUACAAUAUGUGAUUAGUACUCAUCUUUCUCAUUUUCGACUUGCCAGAGUUCGAAACCCCCAACGGGUUCGAAGCGUAAAGCUUCUUCGACCACUGGUUCGGAUGGCGAAGAUAAAUCCCCUCCUCAAACUAGACAAGGACAGAAGAAAAAAUACAAAGCUGUUACCCCUUCGAGAAAAGGGAGAAAGGCAAGUCCUUCCAAAGCUGUUUCUCCUGGUGAUAAAGCGUCCUCUGAAGAGUCUCCUUUGAAAGCUGCUAGUAAUGCUUUCGUUGUGGAAAGCCAUAAUUCAAGUCCAGACAAUAUUCCACCCAAGGAUGAUGCUGGCACUGCUACUUCCGGUUUUAAAGACCCUGGCCUCACCAUUGAUGUUGACAAACUUUAUGGUAGUUGUCAAACUUUAACUUUCGUUAACUAAACUCCUCAAAAGUUUAUUUAUUUUAUUUUUUUUUUUUUGAAUAACUUUGCUCUGUUUAACAUAGGUACCUCUCAAAAUCAAACUCGUGUUCUUUCACCAGUCUUUGAAGACGUUAGGCCAAUUGCUACCAUAUUGCCUAAUGAACCAGUCGAAGAAAGCCACUCUACUGACGAAUCCCCACCUACCCAUCAAGGCAAAAAUUUGGAAGAGGAUCAUCCAUUCUCAGGCAGCGAUAAUGUGAACCAGCAAUCACAUGACAACGAAGAUUCCGCGUCGGAGAAAGAUGCUAUGGAAGAGAUUUCUCAGCCUGAAAAACCAGUUUCUCAUGGAACUUCAACUCUUGACGCAAAAACCAUUCCUGAGACAACUUCGACGCCUGCCCCUGCAAAGCUUACUCCUUCAGAGCUUGAACAACUUAAGCAAACUGAUCCUCUCAGUUUCUUAAAGGCCAUUAUGAAUGUGAAUACUCCUUCGCCUCCGGAGCUUAAUGUCUCAACAGCUGUUACUGCAGACUCUAGUGACAAGGAAGAUAUUCCCAGUCUUCUUCGACAAAUAAAAGAAAGAUUCUUUGGGGUCAAUCUUGUAGAUGUUCUCAACCGGGACCCUAUUAAGAGCCACAACUUAAAUCAACUUCUAAAGAAAGUAGAUUUGCUUCAAGUUUCCACAGAAGUUUCAGAGGUAAUUGUUCUGCUGGGCUCUCUACUCGAGCAACUCCAAGCUAACAUCCUUCGAAGGCAAAAUGUCGAAAAAGAGUUAUCUGAGACAAAGGCCUCUCAUGACUCUUCAUGGAAUUUUGCUAUGGACGCAACGAAACAAGGUGAGGCCCUCAGGCUCAAACAUUCAGAAAAUCAGAAGGCCAUUGAUGAUUAUGAGAAGAAAAUCGGCUCUUGGAAACAAGAAAUCAAAGUACUCGAGGGCAAGAUAAAGGAGGCUGAAAGUUGUCAAGCAGUCCUACAAAAGUCUAAUCAACAAGACUUGCUCGAAGUGGUGCAGUCAGGAAUGAAACAUUUCGAGACUGCACAAAAGUUAGUGCCAGAAAUCGAAAGGUUGAAGAAACACCGGGCACUAAUUGAACUUCGCAUGUCUUCAUGGGAGACUCAAUAUUUGAAGAUCAAAAAGGAUCUCCCUGAGGAUUUCAACUAAAUGUUUUCGAUCUUGUUACUUAUUGCACCUUUAUUUUGUAAUCGAGGCCA